UCUGCGCAGAAUCUUAAAGAAUCAAAAGGAAGUGACAGAAGCACCAAAAGAGAAACCAGAAAUGACUAUGCUUAUCAGACUAGUUUUGUUUGAAUUGAAUUGCUUUGCAUUGGAGAAUGGGAAACUAUUACUAGUAGAAGCACCAAAAGAGAAACCAGAAAUGACUGCUUAUCAGACUAGUUUUGUUUGAAUUGAAUUGCAUUGCAUUGGAGAAUGGGAAACUAUUACUAGUAGAGCAAGCAACCUAUUAACCGGUUUUACAGAUGGGAGGUAUUCAUUCAUCUGCUGGUCAUGUCCUUGUGCUCUGUUCAUUUCAGCCUUUUUAUUUUUUAAUUAUCUUUUUUAUUUAUGGUCUUAUUUUGCCUUGGUGGUUGUUGUUUUAUCUCUGUGUUGGGUUUGCAAGACUUUUGCGUUUUCAUUUCAUCAUUUCCUGAAAAAUCUUGUGGUCCGCAGUCUCCUUCUGCUGCUGCUGCUUCAGCCUUCAGCUGCAGGUAUUCCCUGGAGAACCAAUUGACAACCUCGGUGUUUGUCUCUCUACUCUUUGACACAAGUUCAAAUGGCUGCUAGCAAACCAGCAUUUUUCACGGUCCUCAUUGGUGAUUUCUGCCGGCGCCUGAAAAUGCCAACUGCGUUUGUGGACAAGUUAAGGGGAACACCACCUUGCAAAUGUGUUCUUAGAGGUCCCAAUGGACAAAGUUGGAAUGUGGCACUGGAAGAGAGAGAAAGUGGUUUGUUCUUCUGUAAGGGUUGGCGGAAAUUUGUGAAGUAUCAUUGUUUGGAAGAAGGGGACUUUUUGGUCUUCCAUUAUACUGGCAAACUUAAGUUUGAUGUCACAAUUUAUGAUGAAAGUGCCUGUGAAAUGGAUUUAGAAGUAUCCAAGAGGAGAAGUCUCGCUGAUGGUAGUAGCGAUCAAGUCAUGUCUGGGAAGGCUGUAAUUGAAGAAACACCAACUGGAUUGACGGUGUUCCAGUCAAGGAAUUCAUGUUUCAUGAAAACUUUGGAGACAUUUAGACGUUAUGAUCUGACGAUUCCGCAGAAAAUAGUGAAAGCUGAGGGUCUUAAGGGACACAUGUCUCUAACGCUUCGAGAUCCAGAAGAGAGAUCACGGAUUGUUGAGACUGAUGUCACCGUAGAUAAACGUUUGAAGCUGACAAAAGGUUGGUGCCAAGGAUGCAGGGAGUUCAAUAUCUCAAUUGGGGACAAGGUUGUUUUCGAGUUUGUCAAGCCAAAUGUGAUUCAACUUCAUAUCUUCAGAGGCAAAGAUGUGCUACUCUCAGGUCCUAAAGUUGUGGACUCUAGCAACUAUAGGCAAAUCUAGUUCACUGCAGUUUCUUUAUGAUGCUGUGAUUGCAAUCUUUUGAUUGGAGAUGAUCUUGUAUUUACUUUACUUUAACCAAACGCUAUUUAUUAUCAUUCCCCAGACUUAAUCUA